GAAGGGGAUGUAGGGGGCGUAAAGAUACGCCUAUGUAGCCUAUAACGUCACACGCCGCGUUGGCUACUGGCAGUGCAGGGAUAGCUUUGUGCCCCCUCUUUCCCUACCCAGUUCAUACCUAAAAAGUUGUAGGAAACUGUACGAAUUUCAGCGUACCUGAGGGAAUUAAACUAUCUAACACAAACUGGAAAGCGACCGAAUAAUUAAUGUAUGCAAGGACAGCUGCAAGUAACCAACCAAGCGAAGCAUUUAAAUGAUCGCGAUUUCAGAAGUAGAAUAGUUUGCUGAGAGGGUAACUUUACGGUCAGACCUCGUCCACUCGUACUGUUCUACUCGGUGUGUAAAGUUCUGAGGGACCGAAAAAGGCUGGUGAAAUGGCGGAAACCAAAAUAAUCUACCACAUAGACGAGGAGGAGACGCCGUAUCUGGUGAAGAUCCCUAUUCCUUCGGAAGACAUAACACUUUUGGAUUUCAAACAAGUUUUGAACAAGCCGAAUUAUAAAUUUUUCUUCAAAUCUAUGGAUCAGGAUUUCGGUGUGGUGAAGGAAGAGAUUUCGGAUGAUGCUGCCAAACUACCUUGUUUCAAUGGGAGAGUUGUGUCAUGGCUGGUAUCCUCAGACAGUCCCCUUGCGGAGCCCCCUCGUCCCCCGGUGGAGGUCUGUACGGAGCCCUCUCCCCCCCCUUCCCCCUUGCCUCCCCUACCGGUGGAGAGGACAGGGGGCAUCGGAGACUCCAGACCCCCGUCAUUCCAUCCCAAUGUGGCGGGUAGUGUUGAGAACCUGGAUGAGUGUACUGAGACAGAGUCAGUGGUGUCAUUCAGAAGGGAGAAGCCCAGACGGAGGGAAAGCAUGGAGCAGCAUGGGCCGCGGAUGAAUGGUCAGAGCCGUCGGGAGCGCCACCUGGCAGGCUACGAGAGUGCUUCCACCAUCAUGAGCAGCGAGCUGGACACCACCAGCUUCUGUGACUCGGACGAUGACACCAUGAGCAGGUUCAGCAGCACCACAGAACAGAGCACAGCCUCUAGGCUACUGAAGCGCCACCGCAGACGCCGGAAGCAGCGUCCCACCAGGCUGGAGAGGGCGUCGUCGUUCAGCAGUGUGACAGACUCCACCAUGUCCCUUAACAUCAUCACUGUUACACUCAACAUGGAUAAAUACAACUUCUUGGGCAUCAGUAUCGUGGGUCAGAGCAACGAGAGGGGUGAUGGGGGUAUCUACAUCGGCUCCAUUAUGAAAGGAGGGGCUGUGGCUGCUGAUGGGCGGAUCGAACCAGGAGACAUGCUGCUACAGGUGAACGACAUCAACUUUGAGAACAUGAGUAAUGACGAUGCUGUCCGUGUGCUGAGAGAGAUUGUACAUAAACCUGGACCUAUUAUCCUGACAGUGGCUAAAUGCUGGGACCCGUCACCCCAGGGCUACUUCACCCUCCCACGCAAUGAGCCGAUCCGGCCCAUAGACCCGGCUGUGUGGGUGAGCCAUUCUGUGGCCCUGACAGGGGCCUACCCUCCCUACCCCGGCAGCUCCUCUCUCAGCACCAUCACCUCCAACUCCUCGGUGACCGAGACAGAGCGUGAGUCCCUCUGCCUGUCUUUGGCCCACAAAGGUUUUGAUGACUUCAACCUGUCCCUCCACUCUGACAUGGCGUCGGUGGCGAAGGCCAUGGCCUCCCCAGAGUCUGGUCUGGAGGUUCGGGACAGGAUGUGGCUCAAGAUCACCAUCCCCAAUGCCUUCCUUGGUUCUGAUGUGGUGGAGUGGCUCUACCAACACAUUGAGGGCUUCCAGGACCGUCGUGAAGCCAGGAAGUAUGCCAGUAACUUGCUGAAAGCUGGCUUCAUCCGCCACACGGUCAACAAGAUCACCUUCUCAGAGCAAUGCUAUUACAUUUUCGGUGACUUCAGCGACUGUGAGAACUACAUGGCAAACCUCUCCCUGAAUGACAACGACGGUUCUAGUGGGGCCUCAGACCAGGACACCCUGGCCCCCCUGCCCCUCCCGGGGGCCACACCCUGGCCCCUGAUGCACACGUUCCCCUCCUACCAGUACACCACCAACCCCUACUCCAGCCAGCCGCCCCCCUACCACGAGCUUUCCAGCUACAGCUACGCGCCAGGCAGCACAGGGAGCCAGCAUAGUGAGGGGAGCCGGAGCAGUGGCUCCACCCGGAGCGAGGGAGAGAGACGGAGGGGAGGAAAAGGCGGAGGAGGGGUGGGCAGUACUAGCGGCCGGGAUGAGAAGUCACCGGUAGGCGGAGAUGGCAGGGACUCUCGCUCAGGAAGCGGCAGCGAAUCAGAGUAUUCUGUACGGAGCAGCCUGAGGAGGGGGGAACACGGAGGCUCGGCCACCCCCAGUGAACACAGCCACUAUAGCCACGUCAGCCAGCGCUCACACCACCGCGCACCCCCUCCACACCUUCAAUUCCCACAGGGCAUCCCCCUUUCAUACAACCCCAUGAUGCUUAUGAUGGUCCCCCAGCACCCCCAUCACCCUCACGUGCACCCACACACCCUCCAGGGCCUGGGGCAGACAGGGCCUUCGAUGCCGGGCCUGCCCCCUGGCACCACCCCUGGGGGACCUCCAGGAGCACCCCCAACCCGUGACCUGGGCUCUGUGCCCCCAGAGCUCACCGCCUCGCGCCAGUCCUUCCACCUUGCCAUGGGAAAUCCCAGUGAGUUCUUUGUGGACGUCAUGUAGGAGUGGAGACACUACAGAGGGUUGAGUCGCAAAUGGCACCUAAUUCCCUACAUAGUACACUACUUUUGACCUGAGUCCAAUGAGCCCUGGUCAAAAGUAGUGCCCUCUGGGACUGACCCAGAGGCUGUAUAUGGGGAAGUUGGUGUCCAGAAUCAGAAGGAUGCACGCUGCAGCAUAAGGCAACAUUAGAGUGGUACCAGCAACAUUCACAAGGUGCUUUGAUUCAUUUGAACUCUUGGAAAGCUUUAAGAGCCUAAACCCAGCCCAGACCAUUGUCUCUGUUUGUGAUAUCAUUGGUUAACCAAGGUUUUAUUAGGUGUCUCAUCUGACAGGAAUCAGUUACCUUUAGAUGUUUACCUAUCUCUGCCUUAUCUUACAAGCUGGUAAACAUCUAGAGGAAGCAAAGAUGAGUAAUUCCUGUCAGCUCAAGAUUCACCUAAUAAAAACCUUAAAUUGAGCUUCAUCAAGGGUAAUGGGAAUACCUACAUUUCUUUGUUGUUCAGACAGGAACAUAGGUCAUUAUUAUGUCAAUUUGUACGAUAUGAAAACAGAAUACAUUUCACUUCAUCAAGUAAUUGUACAUAAUUCAAUGUGCCACGCCAUUACGACCACUGUCACAUAGCUGUGAUCAUGUUUCUAAACAUGUCACACACAUCACUCAUAGUGAUAUGGAGCAUAGUACUACUACAGCCUACUUAGGAGGUUAAUUGCUGUGGUGUUCUUGGAAUAUGGUACUAAAACACUACCAGCUGGAGAAGAAAAGUGUUGUAUACAUGUAUCUGUUAAUUGAAAUGGAUGAAUUCAUGCAUUCACAUUUGAUCUACUGAUAACCAGCAGUAGGAAUGUUUUUUUUUUAAAUGAGAAGCGCUGUUGGGUUUGUGUUGAUAUGCACUCACACUCAGGGCCUGUAUUCACAAAGCAAGUAGGUAGGCUGAUCUAGGAUCAGGUGCCCCCGUCCAUAUAACCGUAUUCAUUAUGAUUUGACAAGACUCUGAUAUGAUUGAAUAAGGGCCCAAAUGUUGUGGAGGCCUCCUGUCCUCUGCAGUAACUGGUGAGCCCCCUGAUACAUUUGUGAUUUGCACCUUACUGGUCAGUCAGCUUGAUGCAGUGUGUGAAUUGGGCCGGGUACACACAGGUACUGGUCAGUCAGCUUGAUGCAGUGUGUGAAUUGGGCCGGGUACACACAGGUACUGGUCAGUCAGCUUGAUGCAGUGUGUGAAUUGGGCCGGGUACACACAGGUACUGGUCAGUCAGCUUGAUGCAGUGUGUGAAUUGGGCCGGGUACACACAGGUACUGGUCAGUCAGCUUGAUGCAGUGUGUGAAUUGGGCCGGGUACACACAGGUACUGGUCAGUCAGCUUGAUGCAGUGUGUGAAUUGGGCCGGGUACACACAGGUACUGAUUACUGGCCACUCUUUUAUAUUGGUUUAAAUAUAUGAUGAGUACUGGCACCCAAAAUGACUACCGUACCAGCACUUAUUUCAGUUCACUUCAAACACUGGGUGGAUGACUGGGAGAUGGAAGCUGGUACAGACCGACAGACUGAAGUAUUUGGGAUAGCAGUUGGUGAGGGUCAAAGAAUGUAGUCUGGCUAAACCAGACUGAAUGCUAUGCUCUCACCAUUGUUUGAGUGCUGCAUUCAGUCUGGUUUAACCACGCUACAAAGAAUGAAAAAGAAGCAAAUACAAAAUAGUUUAUAUAGCUCUGAUCUCACACUUCUACCCACAUUUUGUUUUUUAACUGAGUGACAUACACAUGUUUUUAUGUAUACAUUUAUAUAAUUGUAUUAAAGGUGCUUGAUGACGACUA